AUGCGUAGGAAUCAAACUUUUCGUACAACAGCGUGGGAUCCCCUUCUUAUUGUUUCUCAGAUUCUCGCCCUACAGACCUUGUAUUACACAUCCAUCUCGAUCAUUACACUCUUCACACUCUUGAUAUCAGGAAAUGACAUAACCUUAGAUUUCCUCUUGGACUAUCGAGAAUUCAGAGCCGACACAGUGUUGGGAUGGACCAUAGGUUUCGCGUGGAUCGCAAAUUCAGUAGUUGGAAUUUACCUGUUGGUACGAAUCGUUCAGCGUGCAAGACUUGUCCUCGAUUUUAGCUUGACACUCCACUUCUUUCACUUUCUAAUCACUACCUAUUACUCGGGUCAUGUCCCCACAACAUUUAUUUGGUGGGGACUUAACGUGACGACGUGCUGUAUAAUGGUCUUUGGCGGCGAACUUUACUGUAUGCGAAAAGAGAUGGAACCAAUCUUGCUGAACGAGGACAUUGGAGAAGGGAAUAAUGCUGCUGGCACUAGCAGUGCCGCCAUGAAAACAAAAACCAGUGCUGAUGUAGAUAGAGACAGAUAUGAGAUGGUGCCGAUGGAAGAAAUAGAGGUUGGCGGGUGA